UUCUCUAAACUGUAUCUCUCUCUCUUCCUUGCUCCCAUGGCUAUGGCUGCGAAGGUGAAGCCACGUCUUCUUCCUUCAGUCUUGUUCAUUAUUCUCUCCCUUUUUCCACUCUCAAUUUCUUCUGAGCUGAAUUCUCCUCAAAACAUCGAAACAUUCUUCCCAUCACAAACAUCGCCUGUAAUUCCAAAACCCAUUAUUCCCAAUAAACCUCCGCCCUCUUCGUCUUCAAAUUCUUCCACUUCUGAUAGUACCAUCGCUGAGGCCGUCGGAAUUACUGCUGCCAGCACCCUCGUUAUUGCGUUUAUAUUCUUCUUUUUCCUCCAAAAGUAUAUUGCUAAACGUCAUGGCCCCCGGCUUGAAAAGAAGAUUAGUAUUAGUCGGGUUACUGCCCGGGAACAGGCCAUGUUACCUCGCAAUGAGUUCAACAGUAUCGAUGGAAAUCUCAAAGGGUUGAUUGUUGAUGAAAAUGGUUUGGAUGUUCUCUAUUGGAGGAAGCAUGAAGGUCUGUUCCCAAUUAAUAGUUUCUCUAGGGAUGUGAUACAUGAGAAGAACGCAGAAGGGGAAGAAGAUGAAGAAGAAGGAGAGGUGGGUUACCAUGGAGGUCGAGACAGGAAAUCUGGGCCAAUUCAGGAAACCCCUUUGCUUAGUGCGAAGUUUCUCAAAUCCAACAGCCGAAAUUUUCACCAAGGAGAUGGGGAACACCCACAUGGACAUAGUGCAGCCAAGAAAUCACCGGUGGUGUUACCACCAUCAGCGUCACCACCGCCACCGCCUCCUCCUCCUCCGGCAAUCCCAGGAAAGAAAAAUCAACCACCACCUCCUCUUCCUCCGGCAAUCCCAGCAAAGAAAAAUCAACCACCACCUCCCCCACCGUCGGCACCGCUUCCACCACCUCACUCAAGAUCUUCUUCGACUUUAUCGAAACCUGGACAUCAUCCAAAAGAUAGCAUAGCAGAGUCUAUAUCGGGAGAGAAGCGCUCUGGCCAGACAAAGCUGAAGCCUUUGCACUGGGAUAAGUUGAAUACCGAUUCCGAUCAUUCCAUGGUGUGGGACAAUAUAAACAACGGUUCAUUCAGUUUCGACGGGGAUCUCAUGGAAGCGUUGUUUGGUUAUUCUGCACACAGUCGGAAACCCUCUACAAGAAACAGGAACUCAUCUGACAUGGACAACUCUAAUUCCAGCUCCCCUGCUCAGAUCUUCAUCUUGGAUCCUCGCAAAUCUCAGAAUAUAGCGAUAGUCCUUAGAUCUCUUGCCAUAUCUCGUCAAGAGAUUCACGAUGCCCUUCUCGAGGGCCGUGGCCUUAAUGCGGACACCCUUGAAAAACUUACUAAAAUCGCUCCGACCGAAGAAGAAGAAACCCAGAUUCUUGAAUUCAGUGGCGAUCCAACAAGACUUGCAGACGCUGAAUCGUUCCUCUUCUAUAUCCUUAAAGCCGUUCCCUCUGUUUUCACCCGUCUAGAUGCCCUGCUCUUCAGGUCCAACUACGACCACGAAAUCCUACAAGUCAAAGAAUCUCUACAGAGCCUUGAAUCAGCUUGCAAGGAGCUCAGAACUCGUGGGCUCUUCAUGAAACUUCUUGAAGCGAUCCUCAAGGCAGGCAAUCGUAUGAACGCAGGAACUGCCAGAGGCGAUGCACAAGCAUUCAAUCUCACAGCACUGAGAAAGCUCUCCGAUGUCAAAAGCACUGAUGGAACGACUUCGCUUCUUCACUUCGUUGUGGAAGAGGUAGUCCGGGCCGAAGGAAAACGCUGUGUGAUCAACCGCAACCACAGCUUUAAUCGAAGUAACAGCCGAAGCAGCAUUAGCCGUUCUGACAGUGGGAGCAGCUCCCAGAGUGCCGCAGCGAGAGAAGAAAGACAGAGGGAGUAUAUAAAGCUUGGGUUACCGGUGGUUGGAGGACUCAGUGUGGAUUUCUCAAACGUGAAGAAAGCAGCCAGAAUAGACAACGAUGCCUUCGCCAAGGUAUGCCCAGCUCUCAGAUCCCGCGUGGCUGAGAUUCGGCAGUUCUUAGGACAGUUCAGCAUUCGUGAUCAAAGUGGGUUUGUGACAGAGAUGAAAGGACUCUUAGAGGCUGCGGAAGAAGAGCUCAAGGUUGUGGAAGAGGAGCAAACAAGGGUGAUGGAGCUUGUGAAGAGAACAACACGGUUUUACCAAUCAGGGUCCUCCAAAGCUGAAGGGGCUCCUCCACUCGAGAUAUUUGAAAUUGUUAAAGACUUCUUGGAUAUGGUGGACAGGGCGUGCGUCGACAUCGCUCGGAAUCAGCAGAAGAAGAAGGUGGCAACUGCGGGAUCAUCUUCACCGGUGAAAAGGGUUCCAGUGAGGUUCCCAAACUUGCCGUCGCGUUUCUUUUCGAAAAAAUCAAGCUCAGGGAACUCGUCUUCCAGUGAGUCAGAUGGUGAUGGCUGCUGAGGAAAUCCUUGUGGAGAUUUGAUCAGUGUACAGUGUACAGUGUACAUAUACACAAGAGGU